AUGGGCCACCGGAGGCAUUUUGCCGUCGCAGCUCUGCUCGCUACCUUAAUGGCCUCCGCCCACGCCCGCAUUCCCGGUGUGUACUCCGGCGGGCCCUGGGAGAGCGCCCACGCCACCUUCUACGGCGGCAGCGACGCCUCCGGCACCAUGGGUACCUCUCCUCACCUUCCCUUCUUCGCUCCGCCUCCUCCUUCCCCCCGCAUUGUGAGGGAAUAUUCACUGGGAAUCGUUCCUUACUGAUGGUUUGCUCUCUCUUGGCUCUGGUUCUCCAGGGGGGGCAUGCGGGUAUGGCAACCUGUACAGUCAGGGCUACGGCGUGGAGACUGCAGCGCUGAGCACGGCCCUCUUCAACGACGGGCUGAGCUGCGGGUCUUGCUUCGAGAUCAAGUGCGCCGACGAUCCCCGGUGGUGCCACAGCGGAAGCCCCUCCAUCUUCAUCACCGCCACCAACUUCUGCCCCCCGAACCUUGCCCUCCCCUCCGACAAUGGCGGCUGGUGCAACCCUCCUCGUCCCCACUUCGACCUCGCCAUGCCCAUGUUCCUCAAGAUCGCCGAGUACCGUGCCGGCAUCGUCCCCGUCGCUUACCGCAGGUCUGUACCAUGUUCAUCAUCGUCUUCCGGGGGAAGUAGCUUUUGGGUUGGCUUGAUAAACCUUCUCGGAUGUGGCGGCGGUGCAGGGUGCCGUGCCGGAGGGCCGGGGGGAUCAGGUUCACCAUCAAUGGGUUCAAGUACUUCAACCUGGUGCUCAUCACGAACGUUGCCGGCGCCGGCGACGUGCUCCGGGUGAGCGUGAAGGGCUCCAAAACCGGGUGGAUACCGAUGAGCCGCAACUGGGGGCAGAACUGGCAGUCCAACGCCGUCCUCGUGGGGCAGUCCAUCUCCUUCCGCAUCACCGGCAGCGACCACCGUACCUCCACCUCCUGGAACGUCGCCCCCGCUGACUGGAAGUUCGGCCAGACCUUCUCCGGCAAGAACUUCGCCGUCUGA